CCCUUAUUCUUGAAAUAGUUGCGUAUACGUAAGUUUUACUGCGCAGGUUUAAUCAUACCAUAAAAUAACUGAAAUGAAAAUUACGUAUACGCAAAAUUUCAAGAAUAAGGGCCCAGAACUUGCGCUGGUAGAAGAGUAGAAACUGUCGUCUAUCAUCUGACCAUCAACGUGAGUUCUAAUUGGUUUUUCCCUUUCUGCCAAGUUGCAGGUUCCAUCUGGUAAGAGGUACGUCGAGAGAGAUCCCGAAGUCUGAGAAACAUGUGUGAGAAGUUGCCGGAGACCAUUGAUUUCCCGAAAGAGGAGGAGGCGAUACUGGAAUUAUGGAAGAAGCUGGACGUAUUUCAAAACAGUCUUCGCUUGUCGAAAAACCGGCCUAAAUACUCGUUCUAUGACGGACCGCCGUUUGCCACCGGCUUACCGCAUUAUGGUCACAUCCUCGCUGGCACUAUAAAGGACAUCAUAACCAGAUACGCGUAUCAGCGCGGCUUUCAUGUGGAGCGCCGAUUCGGCUGGGACACUCAUGGAUUACCCGUGGAGUACGAGAUCGACAAGACACUCGGUCUCAACGGUCCUGACGAUGUCGAAAAGAUGGGAAUUGCAGCUUAUAACGAUAAAUGUCGUAGCAUUGUCAUGAGGUAUGCCAAGGAGUGGCAAGAGAUUGUCUACAGAGUAGGUCGGUGGAUAGACUUCAAGAAUGACUAUAAGACCAUGUACCCUUGGUACAUGGAGUCAAUCUGGUGGGUGUUCAAGGAGCUGUACAACAAGGGAUUAGUCUAUCAGGGUAUCAAAGUGAUGCCCUACUCGACUGCUUGCAAUACACCGUUAUCGAACUUUGAAGCUGGCCAGAAUUACAAAGAUGUUGUCGAUCCAUCAGUAAUUGUGACUUUCCCCUUGCUCGAUGAGCCAAAUGUGUCCAUCCUGGCAUGGACUACGACCCCGUGGACGUUACCUAGUAACUUGGCAUUGUGCGCCAAUCCUACUUUUGAGUAUGUAGAGGUAAAAGAUAAUGAGUCUGGUAACAUUUACAUUAUCUUAGAAGCUCAAUUGGAACUUGUCUUCAAGUCCCAACAACUCUACACAGUGAUAGGUAAAAGAAAGGGCACGGACUUGAAAGGAAAAGCUUAUGAGCCGCUGUUCCCUUAUUUUAUAGAUCACAGGAAGAAGGGUGCUUUCAGAGUAUUGAACGACACGUAUGUCACAGCAGAGACUGGAACUGGUAUCGUUCACCAAGCGCCGUACUUCGGCGAGGACGACUACCGUUGCUGCUUGCAGGCUGGCGUCAUCACAAAGGACCAGGAGAUUGUGUGUCCGGUCGACAGCUGCGGCCGCUUCGUUGAGCCAGUACGCGACUUCCUCGGCAAGUAUGUGAAGGACGCGGACAAGGAGAUCAUCAAAUAUCUCCAGGCUAAGAAGAGACUGCUGGUCAGCGGCACCAGCAAGCACAGCUAUCCGUUCUGCUGGCGAUCCGACACGCCAUUGAUCUACAAAGCUGUGCCCUCCUGGUUCAUCAGGGUGGAGCAGAUGAGGGACAAGCUGCUGGAGGCUAACAGCGCGACUUACUGGGUGCCGGAUUACGUGAAGGAUAAGCGAUUCGGUAACUGGCUGCGCGACGCUCGCGACUGGGCCAUCAGCAGAAAUCGCUACUGGGGCAAUCCCAUACCGCUGUGGAUCUCCGAGGAUAAGCAAGAAAUCGUGUGCGUGGGCAGCAUUGACGAGUUGGAGCGGUUGACGAACACGAAGGUAACGGACAUUCACCGGGAGAACAUAGACCAGCUGACUAUACCAUCGAAACGGCCGGGUCAGCCGCCGUUGCGUCGAAUACCCGAAGUGUUCGACUGCUGGUUCGAGUCCGGAUCGAUGCCAUACGCACAGAUACAUUAUCCGUUCGAGCGUGAGGAGGACUUCCACGAGAGCUUCCCGGCGGAUUUUAUCGGCGAGGGAAUUGAUCAGACUCGCGGCUGGUUUUACACGCUCCUCGUUAUAUCCACCGCGCUGUUCGGCAAAGCACCCUUCAAAAAUCUCAUAGCGAACGGCCUGGUGCUCGCGUCCGAUGGCCAGAAGAUGUCGAAGCGCAAGAAGAACUACCCGAAUCCCAUUGAGAUAGUCAACAAGUAUGGCGCGGACGCGCUGCGUCUCUACCUUAUCAAUUCACCGGUCGUUCGCGCCGAGAAUCUCAGGUUCAAGGAGGAAGGAGUGCGAGACGUCAUCAAGGACGUAUUCUUGCCGUGGUACAACGCCUUCCGCUUCCUCAUGCAGAAUGUCGAGCGCUUCGAGAAAGAAGAGCACGUGUCCUUCGUGUUCGACGACGUCGCCGAGCUACAUUCCGAUAAUAUAAUGGACAAAUGGAUCGUGUCUUUCACGCAGACGCUGCUGGGCUUUCUGAAGCAGGAAAUGCAGGCUUACAGACUCUAUACUGUGAUACCUCACUUAAUCAAGUACAUUGAUAACCUUACCAACUGGUACGUGCGGAUGAACAGGAAGCGUAUCAAGGGCGAAAGCGGCGGCGGUAACGCCGACUGCCGGAACGCGUUGAAUACCUUGUUCCUGGUACUCUACACGAUGGUGCGAACGAACGCGCCGUUCACGCCGUUCCUCACGGAAUUUAUGUUCCAGCGUCUGUCGAAGAAGUUACCACCGUCUGAGGAGAACAUGGACAGCGUGCACUACCAACUGAUACCCGACCCGCGUACGCACCUCAUCGACGUGAAGAUCGAGAGAUCCGUGUCGUACAUGCAGACCAUAAUUGAGCUGGGACGCGUGGUGCGGGACAGGAAAACCAUACCCACCAAAUAUCCCUUGCCAGAGGUUGUGGUGAUUCAUCAGGAUUCUGAGGUGCUGCGUGAUAUCGUGUCGUUGGACACGUACAUACUCGGCGAGCUGAACGUGAAGAGAUUGACGGUCACCGCGGACAAGGAGAAGUACGGAGUGAUGUUGAGAGCCGAACCGGAUCACAAGACCCUCGGCGCACGCUUAAAGGGAGAAUUCAAACGAGUUACGCAAGCUAUCAAGGAACUGACGGACGAGCAGUUGCGAAGCUUCGUCGACACGAAGGAGAUCGUCGUCUGCGGCCACACGCUGGAGCCGCAAGACCUGCGGCUUAUGUUCAGCUUCACCGGCCCGGCCGCUGAGGAACUGUCGAAGCGUUACGAGGCGCACAGCGAGGGGAACAUAUUGAUCCUCCUGGAUGUCACCCCCGAUAAGGAAAUGCACAACGAGGGUAUAGCGCGAGAGGUGAUCAAUCGUGUGCAGAAGCUGCGGAAGAAGGCGCAGCUGAUACCCUCGGACGAUGCUGUCGUGUACUAUGAGAUCAAGGACGCCAGCAGCAAUUUAGCGAAGGUGGUGAUCAACUAUCAAGAGUUCAUUGAGAAUGUGACGAAGACCCCUCAGAGAAAUGUUGCAGAAUUUCCGUCCGAUGCCUCUGUGAUCCUCGAGGAGAUGCAGAAGAUCAAAGGUAUGGAUAUGAAGCUUGUGCUGGUGAGAGGUGGAGCGGAUCGCACGUCUCCAAAUGACUUAGUCGCGACGGCACAGUCGCGACCCUUCGUCAGGUACGUUAACGUGCUGCUAGUGAAUAUACAGCCGAGAUACGGCGCGAAGGCUUACCGCGCCACGAUCCUGUUGAAUACCCCGAAGUCUUCCGGAACCAUCACAUACAAGCGUCUGAGACAAGAAAUCGAACUGAUAUUCGGUAUCUACGGUAUUUCCUACGAUUUAUACCUCAACGACGACAUGAUCACCAGGUUCGACGACGCGUUGGUGCCAGUUCAAGCGUUCGACGGGCAAACGCUGAAAGUAGUGAAGUCAGGUACUACUUCGUUGUUGUCAGCCGACGAAGACGCGCGGACGCACUGCGGAUCGCCUGUUUGCGAUUUUGUCAACGUGAAGAGCGAGGCGAUGACGGGAAGUGUGCUCUUGGAGAAUCCCAAAGGCGAUUUUAUCAUAAACGACACGAGACUAAAACAACAAUUGGGUUCGUUGUUCGAGAAAUCGAACAUCGCUCUGUCUAGCAAUAGCACGACACCGACGAAUCGACUGUGUGGACAAACGUUGGAGGUUUAGCGACUCGCGCUGAAAGUUACAUUUUCAUCGGUUUUUUCGGACAUUAUCGCGAUGAUAAAGACAUGAUAGAGUACGCGAAUAUCUUAUAAACAAAUAGUUGUUAUUAUCAUAUUUUGCAAUAUGCAUUUUAAGUUUCUAAGAGAGAAUCGUAUUUUUACAGUCGACUCGAGAAAUCGAAAUGAAAGAAAAUGACUUUAAUCUAUCAAUUAAGUUUAGUUUCAUAUUACUUCUCAAGAAGCACAAAAUAUUUUGCUGCGAGGAAAAAAUAACGGUUAUUAUUUGAAUAUUAUAAUCAAUCACAAAGUUACCGCAUUUAUUUAAUACAAGAUAAUGCAUCAUAGCAUACGCAAUUGAAAGUAUGCUACUUAUAUUAAGAUUAAUUUUAUUGUUGGAAAUUCUGUCAGAAGAUUGAGAAGACUUGACAGCAGAUUGAGAAAUAAAAAAAGAUUAAUCGUAUAUUUAAUGUUAUUUUUGCGAUUCUGUUACCAUAUUUAUUUUCCAUGGACUUUUUAUAUCUCCCAAGUCGACUAUCGUCAGAGUGAUUUGUAUUUUCUUGAUAUCCCGUCAAAACUGAAUGAAAAUCAGUUACUCCUUGUUUCCCCUUUUUAAUAUUUACAGAACUUUGAUGCACACACGUACUUAUGCGAUGUACUUAUAAUACAAUCUUACUUAUUUUUAGGAAAUAGGGAGAGCAUGUGAUAAAAGUAACAAAUAAAUUAAAUGUUUAUUGGUA